UGCAACUAUAAUCGUUUAAGGGAUUGGUUUGGUAUAGUUAAGCCAUAAAUAAAUAAAUAAAUGCAACUAUACUCGUUGAACCUGGAUUACCGGAUCAGUCUGAAAAGGGGCAUCCAAGUUCGCUAAUUCGGCGUGGUGAUUGUUUCAAAACCCAGCAACUAACUGCACAAGUUUAGCUUUUAGGAAUGUCAAACAACUGUCCUUUAAAGGGACCACUAGUAGAAGAGUUAACUUUUCUUGAAGGCUCAGCUCCCUUCAAGAGUUGUCAUGCUUCUACCAUUGUUGAGGUUGAUAAGGACCAUUUUUUGGUUUCCUAUUUUGGGGGCUCAUCAGAAGGAGCACCUGAUGUCAAAAUAUGGUUGCAAACUUACAAGAAUGGAAGAUGGGAAUCACCUGUUAUUGCUGAUGAACAACCAGAUGUUCCUAUGUGGAACCCAGUACUAUUCAAACUUCCAUCGGAUGAGAUACUUCUGUUUUACAAGAUAGGCCAAGAAGUUCAGAAAUGGAGUGGAUUCGUUAAACGUUCGUAUGAUAAAGGAAUUACUUGGACACAAAGAGAACAACUUCCUCCUGGUAUAUUAGGACCUAUAAAGAAUAAGCCCAUUUUGCUGGAAAAUGGCCAAUUGAUUUGUGGAUCGUCUGUUGAAAGCUGGAACUCCUGGGGCGCCUGGGUGGAGGUCACUACAGAUUUUGGCAAGUCAUGGAGCAAGCAUGGCCCAAUUUACAUUGAAAAUAAACCUCUAAGUGUGAUUCAACCAAUACCUUAUCAAACUGUAGACGGGAAAUUACGAGUCUUACUACGAUCCUUCGAAGGCAUUGAUAGAGUAUGUAUGUCUGAGUCAUCGGAUGGUGGCCUGACUUGGGGACGCGCGAAACCUACUCAGCUUCCUAACCCAAAUUCAGGUAUUGACGGGGUUAAGCUUAGCGAUGGCCGGAUAUUGCUUAUUUAUAAUACUACAUCACGGGGCGUGCUUAAAGUUGCACUCUCUAAUGAUGAUGGUGAUUCAUGGUAUGAAGCUCUCACAUUGGAGGAUUCAUCUGGAAUGGAAUUCUCAUAUCCUGCUGUUAUUCAAGCUAGUGAUGGGCUAAUACAUAUCACCUAUACAUAUAAAAGGACACAAAUUAAGCAUGUUAUUCUUGGGCCAAAUUGAUGUGGAGUAAAUCGUUUCAAGUAAGCUGAAACAAGUAACCUUGUUGUCUCUAAAUAUUGAAUCUAAUGCAGAAGUGUUAUUGUUUAUGUUAUGUGUUUGCAGAACCUUUAUGCUUCAGUCUUCAUAUAUAUUUUUGUUGAUAAUAUUUCAAAGGGAAGAAAAUGUUAUCCUUACACAUAACACAAGAGACAGAGCUAAGAAAAUGGAUUCUUUUCUCCCAACUAUUAACUUUAUUUGUAUCAUGAAAGAGUUGUGAUUGAAAAAUUAAUUUGUUUGAGGAUAAUUAUGAGUUUAGAAGUUUUUGUUUUUUUUACCGUGAGUUUAUAAGAGCUGAUUUUGGUUUCAUGGUAAAAUAGUACUCCCUCAAUUCCUAUUUACUAAGUAGUAUAAGAUAAUUUAAGGCUAAUCACAAAGACCAACUAAGCACUUUUAAAGAAGUAUGUCUCAAAAACCCAAAUAAUCACGGGACAUGGUUGACUUUUAGUCAAAAGUCAAUUUUUGGUCAAUGGUCAAUGAGUUGACAUGUCAACAAUUCGAUUCAUCCAUGGGAGACUUGAGCUGGUUUGCAGGCCGAGUUUGGAUAUCUGAUCUAUUAGAGUCCUCGAAUAUUAUAAAUAUGAGUUUGUAUCAGUUUUGUUAGUAAGGGAAAAAGCCAAAGGGAAGAGCCGAUAAUCUUAGUUAGAGAGGAAAGCAUAGAAAUUCAUUGAAGUGUUUGGAAUUUGCCAGACCUUUGGAGGUGUCUAAGGGGAUUGAGAAAUGCUUCUCAACAUUUUGAGUUUGUGUGAUUCAUAUAUAGAGAAUUGGAGAGAUUGAGAAAUAUUUGUGUAAAAAAUAUGGGUUGUUCUUGGAAACUUGGGAAACUAUUUUCUUGUAACUCAUUUGUAAUCUCUUGUAUCAACUUUUGUAAGUAUAGCGAAUCAGAGAGCUGUUAUCCUCCUUAGAGUAAAUCGGUUUGAUCGAACUAGAUAAACAAGUUUUUUUGUGUACUCGUCUUUCAUCUUCCUCUUGUUUGUUGUGGAUUUAGUCACACUGUUUAACAUGUUAAUUUUGUUUGAGGUCAUUUAGUUUGGUUGUCACUGUUCUUUGUCAAAUAUCAUUAUUCUUGGUGCAAUUAAUAUUAUUGUUAAACUUUCACAACGAAAAUGUCUUAGCGUGACUGAAACUUUCAAUUUCACAACAAGUGGUGCCCAUUGUGAGAAAAAGAGGUUCAAUUUAAAAGAGAGCACUAUGGGUUCUAAAUUAGACAUCAAGGAGUUUUUCGCAGACAACGAUUGGAUUGUGGAAAAUGAGGAAGCAAACAGUCGUUACUCAACAAAAGUGUGUGGAAGCAUUGAAGGAUGAGACAUUGAUGCAUGCACGCCUAACACAAGCAGAGAAGACCGAUAUGAUGGAUAAUGUCAAAAGUAUCAUUAUCUUGUGCCUCAUAAAUAAAGUUUUAAGGGAAGUUUCAAGGGAGAAUACUGGGACUUUGAUGUGGACAAACCUCGAAUCAUUGUAUAUGACAAAGUCUUUGGCUCAAAAGUUGUGUCUAAACAACAACUCUACUCAUUUAAAAUGGUACAGAACAAAUUCAUGGUGGGGAAAUUGAAAUAAUUUUACAAAAUCAUUGAUGAUCUAAAGAAUAUUAAGAUGCAUAUUGAUGAUGAGAACAAGGCUAUAUUCUUGUUAAACUCAUUUCUCACAUCCUUUGAGCACUUCAAGUAAGCUCUUCUUUAUGGUAAACAAAGUGUAUUAUUACUUUGGAUGAAAUUCAGAAGACUGUGAGAUCCAAAGAACUUGUAAAGGUAAAAGAUUUGAAGAUUGAAAAAUUAUGGUGAAAACUUAAGUGUCUCGAUAGGAGGAAGCGAACACAGAGGGAUAUCCAAAUUCAAGAGGUUUGAUAAGUCAAGGUUAAAAUGCUUUAUUUGUCAGAAAAACAGUCACUUCAAGAAAAAGAUUGUCCUAAGAAGGGGGAUAAUGAAGAUUAUGUUUAGAUUGUAGUUGCCUUAGAUGAGGAUAGUUACUCGAGCACUAGUGGUGUCGAGUUUAGAGAUUGAAAAAAGUUGGGUCAUGGACUCAAUAAGCUCUUAUCACACGUGUCUAAGGAAAUAAUACUUUGAGACUUUGGAGCUGGAAAAUGGUGGAGUCGUUAAACUCAGUUACAAUCUCACUUGCUAGGUUCAUGGUGUUGGUACGAUAGGACUUAAUAUGUUUGAUGAUCAUGAAUUCCUUCUACACAAUGUGAGGAAUGUUCUUGAGCUCAAGCGACAUUUGUUGUUUGUAACAUGUUUAAUGAUUAGGCUAGUGACUAAAGUUGAAUACGAGGUAUUGCAAAUUUUGCAGGGUGAAGUGAUAAUGACUAAAGAGUAUAAAAUAUGUAGGUUAUGUAAUUUAUGUGAUUUCAAUGUUAUUGGCAAUUCAUCAUUAGCUAGUGAAGACUUUCAUGGCAAGACCAAGCUAUGAGAUUAGAGGUCAAGGCAUGAUAGGUGUUUUAAAGUUGUUUUAGAGCACUUUGAUGAAUUUGUAGAAGACAAAAGAUAAAAACACAUUAGACAGCUUCUGCCAUGAUGCUAAGAAUUUAGUUGCCAAAGAGUUUCUAAGGUAAAGUUGGUGGCAAAACAACUUACUUGAUAUGCAGAUGUCCAUUUACAAGAAUAGAUUUCUAGACACCAAAGAAGGUUUGAAGUAGAAAAUCCGUAGACUACUUUAAUUUGAAUAUCUUAUAAGCCAAUUAAGGAGAAUUGACAUUUGUGAAUGGGAACAACACACUCAUCAUAUUUACUACAUACCCUUUCGUUUUCUUCAAGGGAAUCAUCCCCCAAUCUUCAAAAGGUCUCAUCGUUGUGGCGGUAUGGCUAAACCUCUAUCGCAAGCAAUGGUAGAGACAAUAUUUGGUGUCUCUUGGUCAACCCGUACCAAUGACUGUCUUUUGUGGCCUUUCGAACUUCAGGUUGGAGGUCAUCCUCCAUUGUAAGAGGUUCUGUUAACACGUGAAAGAAGUGAAUAUACUAUACACUCGAAAUAAGCCCUUAAUUAGAAACAAUUUCUUCCAUCAAGCCCCAUGACCCUCUUCUCCAGAAACCUUAACAAAGAAAGCAAGAUUGAAACAAGAGAUAUGAACAUUACCUUCAAAGAGAAAAAUUUGGGAUCUCACACACUGAAAGAAGGGGCAUGAAUUGGUCGAGGAUGAAGGUCUGUGCAAGAAACUCGAAUAAUGGAGGAAAUCACAAGCGAGAAAGAAGACAAAUUUCUCAAAUGCACAAGCAGCUAACAAAAUAGAAGAUUAGUAGUCCCGUAACUUCUUAUACGCAUUUCCAGAGUAGUGAAUCGUGCGAUCUACCACGUUGGGAAGUGCAAACUAUGCCACCAAUGAUCAAGAUUUCAUCGAGGACUGUUCAGGGCACUUGAGUAUUGUUAGUUACCAAAUUGUGUUAAUAUUUUGGGUAAUUUUUGGUAACUUUCAAGUCUUUUUGUGCAAAGUAUUAGUAGUUCAUUAUCAUUUGGUAUAUAUAUAUUCGUAUAUUUAUUUUAUUGUCGAAUAGUUCUUAUCUUUGCAAUUUGUGUUGGAAUUUGUAGUUUUGCUAGAUAGGUGGAAGCUUGAACCAUGGAAAAUGAAUAGAAGAUAUUUCAAGACUAAAAGCCAAGGAAUUCUGGAAAAAGAUACCGCGCUAAGCACGGUAGUAGAGCGCUAAGCGCGGUUUUGAAAAAUAGAUGGAAGUUCUGGCAGAAACUUCCGCGCUAAGCCCGGUCUAAACCGCGCUUAGCGCGGUGAAGCCGGCUAAGCGCGCUAUGAAUUUGUGAAGGAGUGAGACCAUUUUGAGAGAGAAGAAACCCUAAUAUCAAUAUUUCAUCUUGGAAUCGAAGAAUCGAAGCAUUGAUCGUCGAGAAAUUACCGUUGAUGCUUGCUAUCCUUCCUUCCUUCCUUCUUGUGCAAGCUACCAUGUCAAUGGAUAGCUAAACACUUUUGUGUCAAGGCUUUGAUGUAAUCUUCCUUACUUUUUGUAUGUUUUUCUUAUGAAUAUUGUGUAUGAACAAGUUGUUAAUCAAUAUAGA